AUGUCUACUGUGAAGGAAAUGCAAGAAUUACUGGAACUUGGAACUCAGAUGGGAUUAAAAGAAGAGGCUCUACAAAAAUUUGUGAAGGAGGAACAAUCCAGACUUCGAGAUGAACGAGAACGACAAAGAAAAGAAAGAAAGUCGAAAGAGGAACGUGAAUUUCAACUUCAGAUGGAAAGAGAACUUACAGAAAGAGAACGUGAGGAACGUGAACACAUUCGACAGAUGGAAGAGCAAAAAGAACUCUUUGAUGAUUCCGAACACAAACGCAAGAUCGUGGAAAUGGAACUUGAUCAUAAAUUCCAAUUACUAGCAACUGAAAGAUCUCACAAAGUACUGGACUCCUCAUCGCACGGCACAGAGAUGCACCAACCAAUAAAAGGACCAAAACUUCCUGCGUUUGAUGAUUCGAAGGAUAAUAUUGACGCUUACAUUCAACGUUUUGAAAUUUAUGCGACAUCACAGAAAUGGCUCAGGGAUAACUGGGAAGCUCAUCUUAGUGCCCUUCUCAAAGGAAAAGCUUUGGAUGUAUUUUCGAGACUUCCUCCAGAAUCUGCUAUUGACUUUGAUGAACUGAAAAAGGCUCUUCUUAAACGCUUUGAUAUGACGGAAGAUGGGUUUCGCAAGAAGUUUAGAUCGUCAAAGCCGGAUGGAAGUGAAUUUUUUAUGCAAUUCUCGGAGUUAGCCUUAUUCUUGAAAGAGAGAAUUCCCCCUAGCAUUCAGGAGAUGGCACCUUUCGCGGAUCAAUUUGCGGAGGCAAGAAACAUUACAUCUUCGUCCAGUACACAAAGACUUGUAUCCGACAGAAAAAUCCAAGCUGACAAACAAUUUCAUUCCAUGGACAGAGUGGUUCAAUCGAAAUCCAAUUCAGGAGGAAAGUGUUUCGUAUGUGGCAAAGUUGGACAUAAAUCCUUUGACUGUGUUCAUCGGAAGUUUCCUUCUAACAAGAUAGUUAGUGCUACAGAGAAACAAGAGACUGUUCCAAAACAAUAUCAGUUCAGUGAUCCAAAAAGUGGGACUUUCCAUGGGCGCAAUAUUGGAUACUACGGACGUGGUGGAGGACGUCAAGAUACAUCAGCUGUACUUAGAGAUGAAACAUUACCUAGUGUUGGUGACUCAGUCGCAAUAAGUGAAAUCGUGAUGCCAAGCGUGAAAGGUUGUGUGGGUGACAAACUAAUAACUGUACUACGAGAUACUGGAUGUAGCGGUGUUGUGAUAAGGAAGGACUUAGUGGGAGAGGAUCAUUUUACAGGCAAAACACAAAAGUGCAAGUUAGCCGAUGGACGUGUUAUAGAAGCCCAAGUCGCAACAGUAGAAGUGGAUACUCCUUACUUUACAGGGAAUGUUGACGCUUGGUGUUUCGACUGUCCCUCAUCAUAUGACCUUAUUCUUGGAAAUAUUCAAGGAGUUAGGAAGCCACAUGAACCAAAUAUGGCGUGGAUUCAUUCAACAGAAAGCACAUCAGCAGUUGAAACUCGUGGUCAGCUAAAUAAGAAAAAGUCAUCAUAUAAACCUUUAAAAGUCCCAAGUGCCAUACAAGAUGUAUCACCAGAGGAAUUACAAAAGGAACAAAGAGACGAUAAGACACUAAAGAAACUAAAGGAAAUGGCGGAUAAGGGAACAGUAAAACAAUUCAGUGAUGGAGGUUCUUCAAAAAUGUACUACAGAAAAGAACUAUUGUACAGAGAGUUUAACAGUCCUAUAGUUUCCAUUGGAAAAGUUUUUCGACAGCUCAUCACACCCAAACAGUAUCGAGACAUGGUGAGGAAGCUAGCACAUGAAUCGAUAAUGGCCGGACACCUAGGAGUAAAGAAAACAACUGAUAGAAUCAUGGUAGAGUUUUAUUGGCCAGGGAUCCAAGCAGAUAUCGGUAGAUUCUGUAAAUCAUGUGACGUUUGCCAAAGAACUAUUCCCAAGGGUAAAUUUCCUGCAGUACCAUUAGGACAAAUGCCACUUAUUCCUGAGCCGUUUCAACGAGUUGCAGUUGACAUCAUAGGACCUCUCCAGCCAAUUGCUGUUAGGGGUAAUAGAUAUAUCCUAACCGUGGUUGACUACGCAACCCGAUACCCAGAGGCGAUCGCACUUCCUGGAAUAGAAACUGAGCGUGUAGCAGAGGCACUGGUUGACAUCUUUAGUAGAGUGGGUGUUCCUACUGAGAUGCUAUCGGAUCAAGGAACUCAGUUUACGUCCGAGGUAAUAAAAGAAGUGAGUCGACUUUUGUCCUUUAAGCGAAUCACGACCACCCCAUACAAUCCAAUGUGCAACGGACUCAUGGAAAAGUUUAAUGGAACACUAAAACAGAUGCUCAAAAGGAUGUGUGCAGAAAGGCCCAAGGACUGGGAUAAAUAUCUAUAUCCAUUACUUUUCGCAUAUCGUGAAGUACCGCAGGAGAGUCUCGGAUUUUCUCCAUUUGAUCUUUUGUAUCCACACUCUGUUCGAGGACCAAUGAUGAUUGUUAAGGAGUUAUUAACCAAAGAGAUUCCAAAUGAAGAAGUCAAAACUACAUAUCAAUAUGUUCUUGAUCUGAGAGAAAGACUUGAAGAAACAUGCAAGAUCGCCCAUGAACAUCUAGAAAAUGCUAGGAAACAACGCUUUACGCCAGAACAGCAACAGACCGUCGAGUCGUUAUGUGAACAAUUUAAUGAAGUUUUUACGGACAUACCUGGUACCACAAACUUGGUGAAGCAUAAGAUAGAAUUGACGUCGGCGGAGCCAGUGAGAGUGAAACAAUAUCCUAUCUCAUUCAGCACAGAAAAUGUCAUUAGAGAAGAAGUAGAAAUGAUGCUACAGUUGGAGGUUAUUGAACAUUCUUCUUACCUGUACUCAGCACCAGUUGUAAUUGCAAGGAAAAAAGACGGAACAAAUCGAUUUUGCAUUGACUUCCGGAAACUUAACAACAUCACAGUCUUCGAUGCAGAGCCAAUAACUAAUCCAGACAGCAUAUUUUCCUAG